GGAGGCUACAUUGUCUAAGUGCUACACAGAGAGCAGCUCCCCUUUUUAUGAGGGCGCUAACCAAUACUAAGAUCGCGCCUUAUCAUCUGAUGCAGAACCCAGGUAACUCAGCCCUUUUUCUCAGAACAAGUGGAAACUUCUAUCAGGACAGAACAUUCCCGCCGUCCUUGAAGAGGAGAUUCAGUGUGUCAACACCCACCUCCAUCCUUGAGUCCUUUGGUGAUUUUGGGGAUUUUCUGAUGUAAUUGUCUCAAGGACUUCUUCAGACGAAGUGAAAGCCACAGUGAACAGAGAGAGCACAAGAGAGAUCCAAGCGAAUUUGAAAGCAGAAAGUGCGGAGACAUGGCAGCUUUUGGUUUGGAGUUAAUAGGCGUCACGCUCUCGGUUCUUGGCUGGCUUCUCAGCAUUGUGUGCUGUGCUUUGCCCAUGUGGAGGGUCACGGCAUUCAUCGGCACCAAUAUCGUCACAGCACAGGUGUACUGGGAGGGAAUCUGGAUGAGCUGUGUGGUUCAGAGCACCGGACAGAUGCAGUGUAAAGUCUACGACUCUAUGUUGGCUCUUCCUGCAGACCUACAGGCGGCCCGCGCUUUGGUGGUGGUGGCCAUCAUCGUGGGUGUCCUAGCGCUCUUUGUCGCUAUAGUAGGGGCCAAGUGCACCAACUGCAUUGAGGAUGAAGGUGCCAAAGCUCGUGUGAUGAUCACCUCUGGUGCCGCCUUCAUAACCGCUGCGGUCAUGCAGCUUAUUCCCGUGUCCUGGUCAGCAAACACCGUUAUUUUGGAGUUCUACAGCCCAGUUGUUCCCGAAGCACAGAAGAUGGAAAUAGGGGCUUCGCUGUACCUCGGCUGGGCCGCGGCAGCUCUGCUGCUGGUCGGAGGCUCCAUUCUGUGCUGCAGUUGCCCACCUAAAGAGGAGACGAGGUACCCGCCACAGAGUCGUAUAGCCUACUCAGCCCACCACUCAGUGGCUCCAAGCACCUACAACAAGAGAGAUUAUGUCUGAGGACUUUUAAAUUCUACGGUCAGUCUUUCAUAUAAAGAUAAUCGUGACUCAAAAAAUCUUGUUUACUUUUUCUCCAUGUGAACUUUUCUACAUGCUUUUUUGUUCAUUGUCCAUUGUCAAUGUCAAAUUUUAUUUUAUUUGUUAGCAUAUUUUAGCAAAGUUGCAUAAAUCGAAUUGUCAGUUGUUUCAUAAAGGGAAAAAGUCAGUGGUUUUAUUUUUGUAGUCUUGUGUGUGUUUUUACUUGCUAUUUUUGCUUUAUUUUCUUUGACAGUUUUUAACAAAGUUGUUCGGGAAAUAAUAUUUUUUUAUACUUUGACUUAAAAUAAUAAAAAUGGACUAUCUAAUAAUGAAAUGGAAAAUCUUGUGUUGUACCAAUAUGUUUAUACUUUUGCUUAAAUUGUAAUCUACUCUGUUAAUGUUUAGUUGUGUUUAAUGUUUAUUUCAGUGGCGUUCUCAUUCUUAUUCAUUGAAACUCUUUAGCAAUGAACAACAGCCACAUCUUUUUUUUUUUCUAUAGUCUAUGUGUUAAAAAAUACUGUGAAUCUACAGUGAAGUGGAUUUGAGAGACACAAACACGAGACUGGAUUCAAGGCCUAAGUUCAAGUUUUACUGGACAACACAACAGAGAAAUAAUGAGACUAUGUGCAGGCACCUCCCAAAGUUUCGUCAGAUUAAAUAUAUUGUGCACAGUUACGUGUUUGCAGUUCUGUUUGAUCACUGAAUAAUUAGAAUAUCUAUAUUUGAAUAAGUCUAACUGAAUUAUAAUUGAAUUCCUGAUUAUUAUUAAAAACACAAUUAUAUUAAACCUGUAUGUAUUCA